AUGGCCCGUCACUCUCCUAGUAUACACUCUCUCUCGGACGAAGAGAAGAUGGGUUUUCUCGACAACAGGUCCGUCUCUGACGUUGACAGCGACAGCGGUCGGGACGACCACGAUCACCGACCUCACUACGAGAAAUGGGCCGGCCCCAUUCUCGCUCCCGUUGACUACGUCCGCUCAACUCCUUGGAGGGUCUACCUCGUUCGUUUCGCCUGGUUCUUCGUUCCUAGCUAUCUUCAAGGACGACAUGCCCGGGACCAGAUCCGACCAGCUAGGCUCUCGCCCACUGCCUAUCUUGACGGCAUGCGAGGUGUUGCCGCCUUGGUUGUCCUGUUCUGCCAUUUCUUCUACCAGGCUUUUAUCAUUGCCAAAGGUUGGGGAUGCGAUGAUGCUCACUACAAUAUUCUAAAACUACCAAUCCUUCGACUAUGGUACCAGGGUCCUCCUGCUGUCUGUCUUUUCUUUGUUAUUUCCGGAUAUGCCCUCUCCUAUCGGCCCCUUAAACUCAUCCGAAGCCGAAACUCUCAGGACUUCUCUACCACUAUGAGUUCUCUUGUAUUUCGACGAGGCAUUCGUCUCUACCUUCCUACUGCUAUCUCGACCCUGAUGAUCGUUACCUUUAUUCGCCUUGGAGUCUACGAAAAGACUCGGGAGUUUGCUAUGGACCGCACUUACAUGAGGAAUGUCAGAGAGCCUCACCCACCACGCCUCGCAACAAAUUAUGCUCAAUUUGCCGACUGGGCUAGGGACAUGUUCAAAUUUUUUCAUGUCUUCGGCUGGAAGACUCAUGGCGGAAGUACUAACUAUGACCAACACCUAUGGACUAUCCCCGUUGAGUUUCGAUGUUCGCUGUACCUGUUCCUUACCCUGAUCGCAACUGCUCGACUUAGAACCCAGUACCGAUUGAUUACUGUCUUCAGCAUCAUGGCUUUCACCUACAGAAACUCGCGUUGGGAGUUCCUUAUGUUCCUGUGUGGUAUGGUUCUUGCCGAGAUCGAUCUUAUUCGCGGCGCUCAUGUUUCCCCUCCUGCCCUCCCAAUGGAGGAGAAGACCUCAUCCGCUCGUCCCAGAUGGCACCAACGCAUCUUCUGGGGUAUGGUUAGCAUCGCGGGUCUCUAUCUCAUGAGCCAGCCCGAUCAGGGUGGUGAAAGAACACCUGGGUGGAUAUAUCUCACGUCGUUGAUACCUAAGUGGUGGGACGCCGAGAAAUACAGAUAUUGGCAAUGUGCUGGAGCUGUUGUUUUCACCCUCGCAGUGAGUCGCUCGGCUAACUGGCAACGCGUCUUCAAUUCGGCUUCCGUGCAAUACCUAGGCAAAAUCUCAUAUGCCCUUUAUCUUAUGCAUGGACCCGCCAUCCAUGCGGUCGGAUACCACUUUGAGAAAUGGGCCUACAGCGUGACGGGUACUGAAGGACACCGUUUCACUGCUGGAUUUAUUUUGAGCUCACUCUUCGUGAUUCCAACCAUCUUCUGGUGGGCCGAUAUUUUCUGGCGAGCUGUAGAUAUCCCCACGGUCAAGUUCGCCAAGUGGUGGGAGAACAAGCUCACGGCCAAGGUGGACUAG